UAGGGUUGAAGAGCAUCGAGAAAGUUUGGCGUGGUGGGGGCCAAAUCUUUGCCGUAGUGGUCGAGGAUAUGGGAGCGCACUCGAGCAAGGACGCACAACAACAGGGAGAUGUGCGUGAGCUUCUCGAAGAGUUUGAAGGAGUACUGGGCGAGCCCAAAGGACUACCCCCGCAUCGAGAGUUCGACCAUCCCAUACCAUUGGUCAAUGAACAGCAUGCCAUACAUGUCCACCCUUAUAGGUACGCUCACUUUCAGAAAACCGAGAUCGAACGGCAAGUGGCCGAGAUGCUUGAAUCAGGUCUCAUACAGCAUAGCAAGAGUCCGUUCUCUUCUCCAGUUCUGUUGGCUAAAAAGAAGGACGGCACGUGGAGAUUCUGUACUGACUACCGAGCUCUAAACGCUGCAACCAUCAAGGACAGAUUUCCAAUCCCCAGUGUCGACGAUAUGCUUGAUGAGUUAGCCGGAUCACGCUAUUUCUCUAAGCUCGAUUUAAGAGCUGGCUACCAUCAGAUUCGACUUCACAAAGCCGACAUCCCAAAGACAGCCUUUCGUACACACCAGGGGCAUUAUGAGUAUCUGGUUAUGCCAUUCGGCUUAUGCAAUGCCCCAUCCACUUUCCAGUUCGCCAUGAACUCUAUCUUCAAGGAGUAUCUGCGUAAGUUCGUUCUGGUAUUCUUUGACGAUAUCCUGAUUUAUUCGAAGUCAUGGGACGAACAUCUUGGGCAUCUGAGAGUAGUGCUUGAAAUUCUGGAGGCCAACUCAUUCCACAUCAAACCGUCCAAGUGUUCAUUCGGGCAGGAGAUGGUUGAAUAUCUUGGACAUUUCAUAUCACAUGACGGUGUGAAG